UGACACCUCUAGAGGCUAGAGCCGUUGAGCAAAACCCUAAACCUUCUCAAUUAUUCGGUGGGCACCAAAGAUUCGAGCGGUGCAGUAUUAUUUCUUUCUUGGUGGAUACGAAUUCAUAUAUUUUGCUUCUCCAUUAUGCGAAGUUAACGAAUAGUUUAAUAUUUCAAUUCUGUUCCGGCUUCUUCCUCUUAAUUUAUAAUGAGAAGAUUCAGCUGGCUAGGCCUGCGCCGGCGGUGUUUGAUAGCAUAUAUGGCCGUGGAGUCCGGCAGUCACCAGGCUCAUCCGCUUUGUAGGACUUUCCCGCCGCACCCUCGCAUAUUUCCGGAACGAUCUUUGCACAGGUGCAGUUUUCUUAUUGGGAAACCUGAUUAUACUGAAAUUACAGGAUUGUUAGUGGGAAAGCGUUAUAUUCAUGCAACAGGAUCUUGUUGCUAUCCAGCACGAGACUAUUAUGAAAUUCUUGGUGUUUCUAAGAAUGCCACCAGAGAUGAGAUCAAAAAGGCUUUUUAUGUGCUUGCCAAGAAGUACCAUCCAGAUUCAAACAAGAACAAUCCUUCUGCAAAGAGGAAAUUUCAGGAGAUAAGAGAUGCUUAUGAGACUUUGCAAGAUCCUGAGAAGAGAAACCAGUAUGACAUGCAGAGUAGGGGAUCUGGGAGUAGAGGGUAUCAUCCGGAUGAAGCAGAGGAGUUUCGAUAUCAUCAUGGUGAUGCGGAUGGAUUUAAAAAUGCUCACCAGACUCAUUUUUCUCAUUCAUUCCGCAAAAUAUUUUCUGAAAUAUUUGAAGAUCAAACCGAUCAUUUUGCAUCUGAUAUUCAGGUGGAUCUUGUGCUCUCCUUUUCGGAAGCUGCUAAUGGGUGCACCAAGCAUCUGUCUUUUGAUGCAUAUGUUCCCUGCGAUUCUUGCCAUGGGAGUGGUUAUCCACUUGAUGCUAAGACGACAGUUUGUCCAAUUUGCAGAGGCAUCGGUACAGUAACAAUUCCUCCCUUUACGACAACAUGCAGCACAUGUAAAGGGUCUGGUCAGAUUGUUAAGGACCGUUGUAUGUCAUGCAGAGGAUAUGGUGCAGUUGAAGGCGUGAAGGAAGUUAAAGUUACCAUACCAACAGGUAUGGACACUGGAGAUACCAUCCGUGUACCUGGUGCUGGGAAUUUUGGAGGACCACGAAGUCACUCUGGCAGUUUGUACAUUAAACUUAAGGUUGCUGAUGAUCCUGUGUUUUCUAGAGAUGGUGCAGAUGUUUACGUGGACUACAAGAUAAGCCUUACACAAGCUAUGCUUGGUGGAAAGGUUGAGGUGCCAACUUUGUCAGGGAAGACGCAAGUAAAAAUACCAAAGGGGGUUCAGCAUGGCCAACUUCUGGUACUACGAGGAAAAGGACUUCCAAAGCACGGUUUUCUUGUGGAUCAUGGAGAUCAAUUUGUGCGCUUUCGUAUUAAUUUUCCGACUGAAGUGAAUGCACGUCAACGUGCUAUAUUAGAAGAAUUUGCAAAGGAGGAAAUGAAUGACGAAAACAGUAGCUCUGCUGAAGGAAAUUGGCUUUAUCAGCAGCUAUCUACUGGUUGAACUUACAGGUGGCAGGCCCUUCGUGAAAGUGUGACGCGUCCACAGUUGAUGCUUGAACUAUCGUUGUUAGUAUUGAUUUUGCUGUUCGUGCGCAAAGCCAUGGGCUGACUGCUGCCUCAAGGUUAUUGACGAGCCAAUUAUCGACCAUAUGCAGCCCAUCCUUCGGGGGAACACCGUUUAUGAAAGGUCUUAGUUUUCUGGAAAAAAAUCGUUAGAAAACAGGAUCAAUCCCUUCCUCCACCCCUUUCUUUUCUCCUGAAAAAAGUUAACAAAGAUUGAUGCCAUUGCUUAUUUGUUGUAUAGGAAUAAUAGGUGUCAAGUUAUAGUAAUGAAAUCCAUUCAUUUGACUUGGUAUUCUGUUUGUUUUCAUGGAAAUAUUUCUCAACUUAAAAUACAAUUUCUAGA